AUGCCUCUCAUAAAUAUAAAGUACAAAUGUCCAAAAGGAGAAGACAGUCGAGCAACAACUGUAGAAUGUUCAACACACAAGCAUUUUAGAGCCUUUCUAUCAAAUGUAUACAGUGAUUCUAAGGAGGCAGAUUACAGAGUAUGUAAACAUACGAGGGAUAGAGUAAGUAUCAUUACUCUGAAAUAUGGUGGAAAAGAACUCACCAUUGCAGACGAUACAUCCGCUAAACUCACCAAUAUACACCCUAAUAUAAAAGAAGUAUCCACAUAUUAUCACAAAUACUAUGACAGUGAUAAUAAGGAAAUAAAUAAACCUCUUGUAUUGAAACUUAAAGAGUAUGGUGGUAAGGUGCACUGGUAUUCCAAUGCAGACGCAAGGGAUGAAAAAGGUGAACAAGAUGGAGGAACUACAUGGGAACCAAAUACUAAAUGGAAUGCGAUAGAUGGAAACAAGUUUUAUGAUCGAGAUCUAAAAGGCGAUGUACUUAAGAGACAGCUCGAUGAACUCACCUGCAAACUCCACAAUCUUCAUUAUAUUGAUAUUUCCAGGAAUGAGAAACCUGAUCCUUACUACUCUUGUCCUGUUUGCAAAAAGUACAGUGUCAGAGUUUCUAAGGAUGACACUAUUGGAGAAUAUACAAAGUACAAACACACAUACACUGCCGAUGCAAACUCCGUUAGGUAUAACGAUACUCUCCUUAAAUGGAGAUAUGAAGAAGGGGACGUUGACUAUGAUGAAACAUUUCCACUUGAAAGUGACAAAAUCCCUUACCUGACAGUAUAUUACUGGGAAAAGGACAAGGAGCAUACAAAACCUCUUAUCUUAGAGGUUGGUCUUGGAUAUGCAUCACUUUAUUAUGUAAAUGAUAGGAAUGUAAAUGAUAGGAAUGUAAAUAAUAAUGAUAAUAGUAGGUGGAGUAGGAUUACUGGAAAAGAUGGUGGUCUACAACUUGAAGAUGAUGAACUCAAAAAGGCACUUCAAGAACUUAAGUACAACCUUUUCAAACCAGUGAUUAUAGAUGCUUCUAAGAAGGAUAGUUAUAACCAAUACUGUAUAAAGGAAGGAUGUACUAAUGCAAGUUGUCCUAAUGAAGUAAAGGUUGAGAAUUACGAUGGUUCUAUAUAUGGAUUUAAAAACUGUAUUGGUUGGAGGCACACUUACGGAAAAGAUAAUAAGACCUUUACAAUUACAAACUUCACUGGGGGACCUUCCGAAGGUAAAGAUCUGAUAGAAUUUCCAAUAUGGGACGUUACUAAGGUAGUGGUCUUCUUUCCGGGGUGUAGCACAAAGAAAACUGUUUCUGAAACACCUCUUGUAGUUUAUCUUGAGAAUGGGAAUGGAAAUAUUAACAGGUGGUCCAGGAACACUGAUCCGAAUGGUGCUAACAAAUGGGAAGACAUAUCCUGUCAAUUUAAUAAAUCACCAAGUGGUGUUCCUGAUCUUGUAACAACUCUGAAUGAUAUUACGAAGGAGCUAAAACUUAACUGUCCAGUAGAGGAAAAACAGGAACUAAAUCAGGCAAGAUCUCCUAUGGGUACAGCAUCAGCGGUAAGAGAAGAUUCAGUAGUAGAACCCGUAGAAGUAUUUUUAGAACCAGAAGUAGUAUCAGUAGGAGGUCCUGGUAGAGGUGGCGAAGCUAAGGAAGGAGAACCUGGUAAACCUAAAGAAACUAAAGAAGACCAUGAUGAGCGAUCUCUUGUUCAAAAUAUUCCUGGUACUAAAACUGUUGGUGCUAUACCUGGUAUUACUGCUCCUGCUGGUCCUAAGGUAGAAGGACCUCAAGGACCUAGAGGACAUGAAGAAGCUACUGAAGACAUUACUCAAACUGAUCGUGAAGUUAAAGAAGUCGAUCCUGGCUCUACUUCCGAAGAAGUUACUGAUUCUGAAGUUGCUACCGGUGCUGGUAAAGGUGAAUCUGGAAUAGGAGGCUCUGGUCGAGAAAAUUCUCAGGAUAUUAGUACAGGAAGUGGAUAUCCUGGUGGAUUAUUUGAUUGGGGUUCACUUGCCUCUACGCUUGGAGAUUUUGCUGAAAAAGCAGUUAGCCCUCUUAUAGAACUUAAAUCAGCUCUUGCUGGCGCUGUUAGUAUAGGUGCUACAAAAGCAGCUUAUAACCUGGUUAACGUUCUUGCUAAGGCUGGUGAACCUCCAAAAUCUCCUUCUGGGUCUCAAGGAUCUGGUGGAGGUGAUAAAGCUGCUAAAAAGGAUCAAGAAUCUAAAGUUACCAAGAACGAAGAAGUUAAUACUGCUACUGAUCCUGAACUUGUUCCUCUGUACAUUCCUGAAUCUAAAGCUUAUAGUGAAACUAAAGAAACACAUGCUAGAGAUGCUAAAAGACCUGGUCCUCAUGUUUCUAGCGAAGCUAAUGUUGGUCAGUCUGGACAUAAUGCUGGAGGUGGUGAAACUGCUUCUGAACAAAUUAUUAAUAAAGGUAUAGAUGAUCAAACUCGACAAGCUGAAGAAAGUAAAGAUGGACCUCCGAAACAUGAUAAAGAAGAGAAAGAAGAAUUUAAAACUGCUAAAGCUACUCCUCCUGAAGGUGUUCAAGCUCAACAUCCUGCUGCAGAUCGAUCUGGUCCUUCUGAUUCUACCACUCCUCCUACUGAACCUCCUCAAGAAAAAGCUGAACAACUUGUUGAUGGAGCCUCUGGCCUUACUAUUACUGCUAUUCUCACUGGUAUGGGCACAUAUGGUGGCCCUCUUGCCGGAGCUGGCGCAACAUUUUUUGGAGGAUGGAAACUUUAUAAUCGCUAUAAGGGAGAUCCUUGGGUUAGACAGAUUUGA